AUGUUGAAUAAAAAGUGUUUAGGAAUAGAUUAUAAGAAUAUAUGUAAUGAAGUGUUUAAUGAAGUGAAUAGUAUAUUAUCAUUAUGGAAUAAUCGUAAUAAUAAUAUGAAAUCUUCUAAAUAUUUUAAUGAUGAUUUAUUAUUAAAACUUGCUUCGAAACAUUAUGGAAUUAAUAAUCCUGAUGAUUUUCUAUAUAAUUCCAUUAAAUUACAUAAAUCUACCAAUAAACUUAUUUAUGAAGAUUUUCCAAUCAAUUAUAAUAUUAAUACUAUGAAUAUUAAUAGUAAUAAGGAUAAGAAUAGUAUGAAUAGUAAGAAGGAUAAGGAUAGUAUGAAUAGUAAGAUGGAUGUGAGAGAUGUGAGAGAUAUGAGAGAUAAUGAUAUUUGGUUAGGAUAUAAUAAAUAUUUAUCAUUUAUUAAUAUUUCUAUUUAUUAUUCUAAAUUUUUUACUCAUAAUUUUGAUUCCGUUACGGGGUCAGGUACGAAGGAUAGUACUACUGAAGGUACUACAGAAUGUACUACAGAAUGUACUGAAGAAAAUAUUACUACUAACACUACCCUGGGAAAGGGAGCUAAUUCUACCCUUAUGGAAUGUACCCCUGGAAAGGGAGCUAAUUUUACAGCUAUAGAGUGUACUAUGGGAAAGGGAGCAAAUUCUAUGCUUAUGGAGUGUACUACUGAGAAAAAUAUUAAUGAAAUUGCUGUUGUCACUAAAUCUGGGGAGUCGAGUACUUUUUCUGAGGAAAGUAUGAGUAAGGAUAUUAAGGGUAGUGAGGAUAUUGAGGUAGGCCCUUUCGGGGCUGCCGUUGGACCAAGCACCGUAACGGAAGAAAAAGAAUAUACAAUAUUUAUAUAUCCAUAUAUGCGUAAAACAUCAAGAAUAAUAAUAGAAUCAUUGAAUAAAAUGACAAAUGUAUUAUCAUAUAAUGAUUUAACAAGUAUAAUUUAUGUUUGUGGUUCUACUGGUAGUAGUCGAUUAUUAUCAUUUCUAUCUAAUUUAAUUAAUAAUUCUAUUAAUUAUUUUAAUUUUUAUAAUAUUAAUACUACUUUAUGGCCUUGGGUUGGUUCUUCCAAUACGGUGCUUGGUCAAACGGCCAGUAAUGGACCUGAGGAUAGUACUGUAGUACCUGGUAGUAGUACUACUGAAAGUACUAAUAACCUAACUACCAACAGUACUAAGAAUAGUAGUACUAUCACUACCAGUACUGAGGAUACUACUACUGUUGGAGCAAGCACCGUUACUGAGGGAAAGGGAGCUAAUUCUACCCUUAUGGAGUGUACUAGUGAGGAAAAUUUGAAUGAAAUUGCUGUUGUAACUAAUUUUGGGGAGUCGAGUACUUUUUUGGAUACUGUUACUACGGGAAAGGGAGCUAAUUUUAUGGGUACAGAGUGUACCAUGGGAAAGGGAGCUAAUUCUAUGGGUAUGGAAUGUACUACUAGUAAUAGUGAGGAUAGUAAGGGAGUUCUUGGAAAGGGAGCUAAUACUGUGGGAGCUGUUAUUGGCCGUGAACCUGACACCGUAACGGAGAAUAUACAAAUGUUAAGUAAAAAAUUGAAUAUAUUAUUAGAUAUAAUGUUUAUAAAUAAAAUAAUAAAUUAUAAAAUUGAUAAUGAAGAUAAUUUUUAUGAAUUCAUUGAAAAUCUAUUAAAAAAUUAUGAAUCCAAUAUUAAUUCACAUACACACAUACAUACACACACUAAUACUGACAUUAGUACAAUUACACACAGUAAUUUACACACUAACUUACACACUAACUUACACACUAAUAAUGACACUAAUACUAUUACUACAGUAGGAGCAAGCACCCUAAUGGAUAAUAUUAUUUUGGAGAAGAUAAUAUGUUUAUUAAUAUUUAAAGGUAGAAUUGGUGGAUUAAGUAAUGGUGAGAUUAGAAUUUUUAGUGAUUUUAUUUGUGAUAGACUUCAUCGUAUUAAUUUGAAAAUUAUUUCCAAUCUUGUAUUAGCACUUGGUUAUUCUAAAUCACUUGAUGAAUUCUGGAUGUAUACUAUUUCUAAAUAUAUUAUUAAUUCCAUAACGGUGCUUGGUCAAACGGCCAGUAAUGGUCCUGAUAGUAAUGGACCUGAGGUUAGUACAGUAGUACUUGGUACCAACAGUACUACAGGUACCGUAGGAGCAAGCACCGUAACUGAGGGAAAGGGAGCUAAUGACACUUUUAGUACUACCAGAAAGGGAGCUAAUGACACUUUUAGUACUACCGGAAAGGGAGCUAAUGACACUUUUGAUACUACCGGAAAGGGAGCUAAUUUUACAGCCACCGAGUGUACCUCCGGAAAGGGAGCUAAUUUUACAGCUAUAGAGUGUACCCCGGGAAAGGGAGCUAAUUCUAUGGGUAUGGAGUGUAUUACUGAGAAAAAUUUGAAUAAAAUUGCUGUUGUCACUAAAUCUGGGGAGUCGGUUACUAAUUCUAGGAGUACUGUAGGUAUUGAGGGAGCCCCUAUCGGGGCUGUUGGAGAGGGAGUUAGUACUAAGGAAACCCCUUUCGGGGCUGGUACUAAGGGAGUUAGUGAGAAACUUGGUUGCCGUGAACCUGACACCGUAACGGAGUUAGAUGAAGAAGAUAUAGUAAUGAUAAUGGAUGGAUAUUCAAAUGCAGGAUUAGAAGAUUAUAAUUUUUAUACAAAAAUAUGUAAUUAUAUAAAGAAUAAAUUUGAAAAUUAUACAAUAGAAAAUCAAAAUAUAAUAAUAAAAUCAUUAGCGAAAAUCAGACAUCAAAAUCAUUUACUAAUACAAAAAUAUAUUAAUUCAUUAUUUAAAUAUAUUAAUUCAUAUAAUUUAUUAAAUAAAGAGAAAGGAAGUAGAGAGGAUUUAAGUAGUAAAGGGACUAAAGGUAGUUUAGAGGAUUUAAGUAGUAAAGAGAGUUUAGUAAAUUUACGAAGUAAAGAAAUUUUAAUGAAGAAAGAGGAAAAUAUGAGAAAAGAAGAAAAUAUGAGAAAAUUGGAUGAGAAUUUGAGAAAAGAAGAAAAUAUGAAGAAAUUAGAUAAAAUAAUUGGUAUAAGUAUAAUAAGUAUAUUUGAUUUGGAUUAUAAAAUUGAAAAUAUUGAUAUUUUAUGGAAAUUAUUAUCAUUAAAAAUUAAAGAUUCUUAUGAUAUUUGUACUAUUAGUUGGUUACCAAUUGUUAUUAUUAAUUUUCCGGUAUCUACAUUACGGUGCUUGGUCACACGGCCACCCGUACCCUCCCUAAAGGGGUUCCCUUAG